AGGAAGAGGUGGCCAGGCCAGCUGAAGGCCUCGAUGGGGCUAGCAGGUCCAUCUGCCCCCAGGAUGGUGCCGAGGUGCAGCAGCCACACGCCAAACCCGUUGCAGGCAGCCCCGAGCCGUCCUCCACCGGCGUGCAGAGAGCGGCCACCGAGAAACCGGGGGCUGCGGUUCGGCCCCGGGGAGCCCCGGGUGUCCCAGGAGGAAGAGGAGCCUUGCUGCGCCAAGGGGCUGUUUCUUCCCGGGAGGACACCGGGGUCCCACCAGGCGAGGAGAGCCCGGCCACGGCGCUGGAGAAGGGGGGCAGCCAGCCCGAGCCCCUCAGUCCUGGGGAGAACCGGGACACCGAGAGGGUCUCCCCAAGAAGCUGGAGCGUGGAGACGGCCCCGGGUGCAGCGGGGAAAGCCGGCAGGGUGGUAGGCAGACAGGCAGAGCUCUGUUCUGGGGAAACCCAGGCACGUUCCGGCAUUAAAAUAGAAAUCUGCCCCUGGGAGGAAAGUGGGGGUGAGCUCUGGGGGCCGGGCAGAGCCCCGGGGAAGGGCAGCAGUGAGGGGGAUCCUGGUCACCCCAGGGAAGAGCUGGGCGCGGAGAAACCACGAGCAAAAACCCCAGAGCUGCUGCAAGGGGCUGUGGAAAAAGCAGAAAGCGUGGAGGGCAGGAGGGCUCAGGUUUGUCCAUGGGAGACUGGGGAAGGAGGAAGGACCCUCAGAGCAGAAAUCUGCCCCUGGGACGCGGAGGGGGCUCAGCACCAGCGAGAGAAGCAGGAGGGAGAGCAGAGGCAGCUGCUCAAGCGGGACAAGAGCAUCAGACCAAAAUCAGUGGGUUUGCUGAGAGCGCAGGAGAGCAGGAGCAGCCUGCAAGCACCCGGCCAGCCCUGGGGCAGCGCCAGCAGCAAGGGACCCCCUCCAAAACCUGCUCCCAAAAGCUCUGAGCUGUCACAAGUGACCUGGAGGAGCCCACGGGCUUCGGUUUGUCCCUGGGAAGCGGCAGGAGCUGACAGCGAUGCACAAGUCUGCCCUUGGGAAAGGGGAACGUUACCUGACGCAGGAAAAUUAGAUGAUGGUAAAAUUUCCCAAGUGAAGAAAAGGAUUUCCCCGCAGAGAGCGGCCCCAGGGGGCACAGGGGAGACGGCUCCGGCUGCAGACAAGGGGAGCAGCCAGAGGGGAUCCCCCUGCCCUGGGGAGGGCGCGGAGCAGCCCAGCAUGGGACUCGCAGCAAAACUCCCAGCUCUGCCCACAGCAGCACCCAAGCAAGGAGGAACCCUCGAUAGCAAAAAGGCCGACAUUUAUCCCUGGGAAGUGGGGCAUGCGCCCCUUGCUAAAACAGAAAUCUGCCCCUGGGAAGAGCCUGCAACUCCUUCAGGGAAGGAGAGACUGAGUCAGGACACAUGUGGGAUUUCAGGAUCCAGAGGACCUGACGAUAUGAAAGCAAAGCUGGCAGCGAUGGGGGGCUGUCAGUCAGAGAACAGGGACACCAGGAUCUUUGAAAAGCUCAUUGAGAAAAGCACUGAGAGCUCAAAAGCUGAGGCCAAGAAACCCAAGAAUGUGGAGAGCAUAAAGCUACGUCCCUGGGAGAGCCUGGGCAUGGAGCAGCCCCCAGAAAAACCCCACACUGGGAGCCCAGCGCUGCCCAAAUCACCUUUGAAGAAAUCCCAGAGCGCAGAGAGCCUGAAGGCAGAGGUCUGUCCUUGGGAGCUUGAAACCACCGAUAAAGCAGAAAUCUGCCCCUGGGAGGCGGCUGCUUCACCAUCAACUACAGAGAAAUCAAGACAGGACAAAGAUGCUUCAGCCAAUGUGAGCAAAAGCCCCUCUACAAGUCGAGAUCUCUGCAAAAGGAUUGUAGACAGCACAUCUGGAAAGAAGAAAUCAUCAAGCAGAGACCAUGAGUGCGUCUGUACCCGGGAGAGCCUGGGCAUGGAGCUGCCCCCAGAAAAACCCCACACUGGGAGCCCAGCGCUGCCCAAAUCACCUUCGAGUAAAUCCCAGAGCGCGGAGAGCCUGAAGGCCGAGGUCUGUCCUUGGGAGGCUCAGGAGCUGGAAGCCGCUAAGGAUAAAGCAGAAAUCUGCCCCUGGGAGGCGGCUGCAACUCCCCCUGAACAGCAAAGGGCCAAGCAGGGUCCUGGGGGGGGUUCCAAGGGGGACAAGCGCAUCACUCGCCAGGCAGCGUUAGCCAGCCCGGUGAGAUCUCCGGAGAAGGGCAGCAGCGAGAGAGAGGCUGUUUGUCCCUGGGAGAGCCUGGGCAUGGAGCUGCCCCCAGAAAAACCCCACACUGGGAGCCCAGCGCUGCCCAAAUCACCUUCAAGUAAAUCCCAGAGCGCAGAGAGCCUGAAGGCAGAGGUCUGUCCUUGGGAGGCUCAGGAGCUGGAAUCCACUAACAAAGCAGAAAUCUGCCCCUGGGAGGUGGCUGCUUCACCAUCAACUACAGAGAAAUCAAGACAGGACAAAGAUGCUCUGUCCAUAGCGAGCACAAGCCCCUCUGUAAGUCAAGGUCUCCGCAAAAUAAUUGUAGAAGGCAUGUCUGGAAAGAAGAAAUCAUCAAGCAGAGACCAUGAGUCCGUCUGUCCCCGGGAGAGCCUGGGCAUGGAGCUGCCCCCAGAAAAGCCCCGUUCUGGGAGCCCAGCGCUGCCCCAAUCACCUUCGAGUAAAUCCCAGAGCACAGAGAGCCUGAAGGCAGAGGUCUGUCCUUGGGAACUUGAAACCACCGAUAAAGCAGAAAUCUGCCCCUGGGAGGCGGCUGCUUCACCAUCAACUACAGAGAAAUCAAGACAGGACAAAGAUGCUUCAUCCAAUGUGAGCAAAAGCCCUUCUAUAGGUCAAGGACUCCGUAAAAAGAUUGUAGACAGCAUGACUGGAAAGAAGGGGAAAGCUAGCAGAGAGCAUGAGUGCGUCUGUCCCCGGGAGAGCCUGGGCAUGGAGCAGCCCCCAGAAAAGCCCCGUUCUGGGAGCCCAGCGCUGCCCAAAUCACCUUCGAGCAAAUCCCAGAGCGCGGAGAGCCUGAAGGCAGAGGUCUGUCCUUGGGAGGCUCAGCAUGUCGAGUCCAAUGAUAAAGCAGAAACCUGCCCCUGGGAAGUGGAUGCACCUCUUCCAGAAAAAGGAGCUGACGUGGGCAAGGCGAGCCUCCCACCAAAUAAACUGGGCACCUCCAACCCACUGGAGAGGGGGAGCAGUGAGCACAAGGCCAUCUGCCCCCGGGAGAGCCUAGGCAUGGAGGAGCUCUCCCUGAAAGCUGCAACAGGGAAAGAGCCGUCUAAGAAAUCUGAGAUCACGGAGAGCAGGAAAUCUGACAUUUGCCCCUGGGAAGUAGCAGAAGCCACCUUCUCCGAGGAGGAAAGCUGCAAAGCGGGCGUGCACCCACUGGGAGCUGAUGGAGCAUCCCCCAUUGUGUCAAGAAAGUCAAAAGGGGCAGCAGGAGCCAGCCCUGUGUCUGCAACAGCUCUGCUGAAAAAAUCCAAGGAUGGAUCUGACUGCAAGGCUCAGCACAAGCCCCUGUGCCGCGUCCUGCCGGGCACUGAGCCCCCGUGGGGCCCCAGGGCAGAGCCUCGGGGAGCGAGCACAGCUCCCGCGGCUGGCAGCGGCCCCAGCCCAAGCGCUGGCAUAGCCGAGGUUUGUCCCUGGGAAGCAGAAGAGGAUCCAUCAGCAUCUGACAAGACCAGCAGAGACCCAAGGAAAACCUCCGAGGUGUGUCCGUGGGAGGCGCAGAGCGUGGAUCUCCCCCCAACCCUCCGCGGGCAGGGCAGGGCCGGGGCGAGCCCCCAGGAUGGAGUCAGGGGUGGGACAGAAACCAAACCCGACGUCUGCCCGUGGGUCCACGAGUAGCUCCCUCUGGCCGGCCACUGGCCAGGCGCAGACACGGCUUUCAUGAAGGGAAAGGCUCGAGCUGAAGGCUGCUGCCCACCUGCACAGCCCAGACGGGGACAGAGAAGCGUCCACCAAAGCCAAGGGCAUGGCCACACUCCCAGUGGGCUCCAGUGGUGGCCACCAACCAGCCAGGCUCGGGGAGCGACGCAGCGAGGGGUCAGUUAACAUCUCCUGCCUUCAUCGAAGCUCUCAACCAGGCAGUGGCCUGCAAAUGCCACCCGUCACUUGCCCACAGGUACCCGGGCCAGCGCAGGGCCCCUGGGGCCAAGUGGGGCACCUCAAUCCAUCGGCGCGCCGGUGGUGCCGGCCUCGCUCGCUCCCACCGACUCUGUGGGCCAAAGCUGAGGCUUGGCGAGUCACUCGCCCGCAGGCUCGCCGGCAGCUCAACGCCCUCCUACCACCUCGGGAGGUUUGUGCCUCUGGCACAGCCAGGAACAGCUUGCCCACACCCCGAAACAUGCAGUCCCGCAGCCUCAGCAAGCUGGACACUGAAACAAGGGCAGAGUCAAGCCAGGGGCAGCAACGACGUGAUGGGGAAGAAAACAGCUCUCCGGAGCUCCCGCAGCCCAGCCGACCUCCCCAGCGCUGCUCUCACCUCCAUUUUAAGCCAGGGUUUAAGCACUGCUGGGACCAGGCAGGUUCUGAAGCCUGGGAUGAAGGACCGUUGUUCCCAGUCAGCCCCACGACACAGUUUGCUUCCUUGAUUACAAAGUCGUUUCUUUUGAACCGUCCUUUGAAGUCACCGAGUCCUGCCAGGCACACAGAGCA